AGGUGUGAAAUGAUUCGGGAGUUUUAUUUUCUUACUCUUUCUAGAACGGCUUCUAUCGCGAUUCCUGCAACUGAAAAUACGCUUCCUUGAAUAAAAAUUGAAAAUAAACAUAGCUUAUGUCAUCCGGUAUAAUUUUUCGAGACAGACGAGACGUUUAUUUCCAUUUCUCAGAAGAUAACAGUAAUCUAUUCUAGUGAUUGCAGCCUUAACAGCCUUGAAAACAAAUUUUUUGUAAGUGGAAAAUAGUAAUUGGCAACAAGGAGUGAGUAGAUGUCAAAAUCUGGCCUAAGAAAUCAAUUAGUGAAUUUUCCAAUGUUAAAAUAUUAAUGAGUGCAUAUAGGGAUUCAAUAAAUUCGUUCAUUUGUUCUUUGGUUUUUAAAGCCGCAGGGUUCAUCUUCCGCUAUAUUGCAUUCAAAGAACACAAAAAACAAACACCUUUUGUGCUCUGCCGCUAAAGACAAGUCUGGAAUAUCCAAGGACAUUUAUGCUCGUUCACGUUACUUAGCGGCGAGAAUAACCCUCGUUAAUGAUGUGAACACUCAUCGGAAGAGCCUGUAAUAUAGAGAGGCAGAAGCGAAUGGAAGAAACAUUGAAAGAACUAUCUUAAGAAUGGCUAGCACAGGAGUCUCUAGUGCGAACGUCUCGAUUGAGGACCACAGUCUCCACACAGAAGGUUCUUUCCUCCAUGUAUUCCAUGUCGCGUGUUUGCUCUUAAUAUUUGUGACUGCAAUAAUUGGGAAUUCCCUCGUUAUUCACGUGAUAAAACUAGACUCUCGCCUCCACAUGCCGACUUUUUACUUUCUCGUGAACCUAUGCGCUGCGGACAUCUUCACCGCGGUGGCUUAUAUCCCGUUUUACGUCGUCUCAGUGAUACAGCACUCGUGGGUUUUCGGGGAGGAGUUCUGCCAGAUUCACGCUUUUCUCAUCAGUUUAGGAUUCAACGCGUCGCUGAUAACAUUAAGUUUGGUCAGCUUUGAUCGAUACCUUGCGAUCACUUCGCCUUUAAAAUAUCCGCUAAAAAUGACGGGAAGGCGCAUGCGCUGGUUACUAGUCCUCAGCUGGGUUCACUCGAUUAUCUGGGCGGCGUUCCCGCUGGUAAACUGGGGCGAGUACAUGAGCGAUCCUCACACGCACACCUGUCGUCCUAACUGGUCAGCGGCAGGCCUCAUUAGCAAGUCUUACGUCAUUUGCAUGGCAUGUUUCGUGUUCGCCAUUCCAGUACUAGUUAUGAUUUUCUGUUACGCCAAGAUCUUUACUGCAGCUAGGGUUCAAGUCCGAAAAAUUGUCAAGGAUUCCAUAUCUCAAUCUGUGGCCUCUCUAAACACCGACGCUGAGCAGUCAAUUUCCGGUUUAGGGGAAACCCGCAGACAUCAGGAUAUGCGGGCUCAUAAGACGAUCCUUAUUAUCAUAGUAGUGUUUUUGAUGUGCUGGGUAGCCUAUGUUAUUGUAGCGCUAACAAGACUGUUUAAAAAAGACCCAAUGGGCUCCCUGCGCUUUACGAACACAGGGCUGACGCUAGCGCUCAUGAGCUGUAGCGUAAACCCGCUGAUUUUCUCUUCGAGAGAUCGCAGAUUCAAGCGAGGGUUUAGAAAGUUUUUUCGGGAUUGUCUUCUGAAAUGCAGGCAAUGAUAUAAAAAAGGGCUUGUGUAGAAAUGAAACUGAUUGAACUGUAGACCGGCUUAUGAAUGCCUUCCCAGGGCUCUUUGCGAUGUGCGCGUAAAACCAACAUCGGAGCAAACAUCGCAAUCUCGAUUUCACAUGCGCGUUGCAAAGGGCUGUGGGACGUCACGAAGAAGGCUCUGCGGAGAGAGCGCGAAAGCGAGGCUAUGCUCGUUACACGAGAAUAAAAAAGUGCACAAAAUUCCAUAACCGUCCGCAGCGGUUCCAUGUUUACAAAAUCCAAAAAUACUGCAUUGACAGUUCAAGUGAAGACACCAUAUGAAGAAGAUAAUGCGGUAAAAAAAAACUAAUAUAAGUACCAAAGAUUAAAUGUUAAACCUUGUUUUAUUUUGUAAAUGGGAAUGUUUUGUUAAUAGCUGUACACAUUGCAGGCGCGUUCCCAGGAUUGAGGGGGGGGGGGUGGGGAGGGGGGGGGGGAAGCGCAGUAAAUAGGACUAUAUGGAAAAAGCAUAAUACUUGAAGAUUCAUCAAUAAGACAUAGCCUACUUUUUUACCGCCAGGGGGGGGGGGGGGGGUGCGUGCGCACCCUGCGCACCUCCUGUGUACGCGCCUGCUUUCAACUGUCUUUGAGUUAGAUACGUUAGAAGUUCAUGUCUUUAACAAGGCUUGCGGGGAUAUUUACUGUCAAGUAUACAUAAUUUAAUAUUAUAUUAAAAUAAACUAUAGCUUAUUUAAGUUUA